CAAAUGAAGAUUGAAGUUCCCCACAGUGCAGUUGGAUUCACAGUGUCCAUCUGUGACUCGAACUCAGUGUAGGGGGAGCAGAGCGGGACAUUAUACAGAAGGACAGAUCGAGAGAAGCCAAGAGUCCAGAACUUGAUCAAGGACACAUGAACUCACAAGAAUUCACAGGAGCUCUGCAGAAGAAAAUUGAAUUGAAAUCCCACACUCCAUUUUGAAUAUUAUCUGUUAAGAAGAAAUUCUCCUGAAAUGGCUACAACAACUGAUCCCCGAGAUGCAAACACAGAGACGGGUCAAUGUAGAAGCACCAGUUCUGAGCAUGAGCGUCCAAAAUUGACAGGGGAUGUGACAACAGGGGAGGAUUUAUGGGGAAAUAUCAGCCCUGCCUGGAAUCGUCCAAUGAUGUUUAGAAUGAGGCAGGUGAGGAUUAUGCUGAUGGGUCAGACUGCAGAAGGACAGAGGUCUGCUGGAAACAUCAUUUUGGGGAAACAGGCUUUCCAAGUUUCAGAAACACAGAAGAGUGAAAGGCGCAGUCGGUUUGUGGCUGGGAGGAACCUGGCAGUGAUCACCACAGCAGAUCUGUUUAACUCAAAUCUCUCUGUGGAGGAACACUCACUGAAGGUUGGGAAGUGUUUGAGCCUGUCUGACCCAGGACCCCAUGUGUUCCUGUGGGUGCAGCAGGAGAGGAACAUCACACAGGAGGACCGAAACACUCUGAGGAGGUUCAAGAAGUCUUUCGGUGAAGGAGCUUCAAGGUACUCAAUGGUGCUGUUCAUGCAUGAAGACCACAGGGAAUAUGUCAGUGUUGGUGAUUCAGCUAGACCAGGUGAUGAUGCUCUGCUGGCCUUUAUUCAAGACUGUGGGGGCAGGUAUCACUUCCACAGCAAGAGAAACCAUACACAAAUAACUGAGCUUCUGGAGAAGAUCCAGGAGAUUGUGGAUGAAAAUGAAGGCAGUUACUUCACUGGAGAGGUAUUUCAAUGGUCUGAUGUCGCUCUGAAAGGACAGAAAAGCAGAAGUAAAGAACUGCGAGUUGACGUUAAAAUGGUGGUGAGCAUAGGACAUGCAGAACGUCCCUUAAAGAAAGAAAGAAGACCUGGACUGAAUCGUUUAAGAAGUAUGAAUCUCAAACAGGACGACAGAGAUCGUGUGAGGAUAAUGCUGGUGGGGAAGACUGGUGUAGGGAAGAGUGCCACAGGAAACACCAUACUGGGGAGAGAGGCGUUUACCGCCAAGGCUCAAAGUAACUCUGUGACAAAGAAAUGCCAGAAAGAGACAGCUACUGUACUGGGAAGACGGGUAGCUGUGAUUGACACUCCAGGCCUCUAUGAUACCACCCAGUCUGCUGAAGACACCCACCAGGAGAUCAUUAAAUGCAUUGGGUUGGCAUCUCCUGGACCUCAUUUGAUCCUCUUGGUGAUGUCAGUGGGACGCUUCACACCAGAGGAGGGCGAGACACUCAGGCUGAUCAAAAUGACCUUUGGUGACAAAGCUGAGAAGUACACAAUGGUCCUCUUCACCAGAGGUGAUGACCUUGGUGAUCAAUCCAUUGAAGAAUACAUAGCAAAUGGUGAUCCUGAGGUCAAGAAGCUGACUGAGGACUGUGGAGGCAGGUACCAUGUCUUCAGUAACAGAGAAAAGAGAGACAGAAACCAAGUCAUUGAGCUGUUUAAAAAGAUAGAAAAGAUGAACUGGGAUAAUGGAGGAAGCUUCUACACUCAUGAGAUGUUCCUGGAGGCAGAAAAGGUAAUGAAGCAAUUUCAGAUGAUGAAGGAGAUGAGCAGAGAACUGACCAAGUACAAAUCAGAAAUUGAAGCCUUAAAAAGGCAAAAGCAGGAAAUGGAAAGAAGGCUGGAAGGAGCACAGAGGGAGAAGGAAGGGGAAAACCAGGCAAGGGCAGAAAGAGAGGAGGAACACAAGAGGACUGACCAAGAUAAUGUGCUGGGGGAAUUAUUGAGCGAGAUGGAGGUUCUGGUGAGGAGACGGAAAGAUUUAGAGGAAUGGUUCAAGAAUGAAAAGACACCGUCAGAGGACAAGCAGCAAGCAGAAGAGUUCAUAAAGAAAUACUUGCCAAAAAAGACAAAACGGUGUGUCAUACUUUGAGCUGUUAAGAGCUCCCAUUUUUCUGGCACCCUGCUGAUGCACAGUACAUGCACUGCCCCAUCUCAGGAGUGUCAGUGGCUGUGGUUACUGCAGCAUUUCACUUCCAAUUCUUACUGGGUUUAAGAAAGAAAAAAAGGUGGAACUGUUGAAAAAAUGUGGACAUGCAGUUUUACUAUGAGACAAGGACUUUUAGAAAAUAAUUUGCAGAAAUUUAUGGUAAGAGAGAUGCCUGACAUUCAUUACAUGAUAACUAGAGACUAUUCCUUAUGAGUAAUAUGUGAAGCAUUAUGAAACAGUUGAUAUUUCAACCGACUUGGCACAUUACUACUCCUGAACAUUGAAAAAUGUAAUAUAGAUAAUUUAUGGCUAAAUGGCAUUUAAGCAACUAUACUCAUUUAAAAAUAGAAGGCUCUUUAUCCUGUUCUUUUACAUUGAUUGUUCCAAACUUUCAUAAGUUAUCUAUUGUACCAUACUGUGAACUAUACUUCUACAUCAGUUUGUUGAUUUUGAACACAAAUCUCUGUUCAUUGCAAUGUUUCAUUUUGUAUGUGAGAUACACAAAUUCUAUAGAUCAUGAAACAAAAGGAUUUUUUGAAUUUUUCUCUGUUUUACAUCAAUGAAAGUGUAUAAAAUUUCACGAGUGAGCUCUAGUGUUAAUGAACAUCUUUCCCUGGAAGGUUGGGGCUUCGUUUGUCUCUAAAACCUUUGACACAGCGCAUGGUUCAGCCCCAUGGUCUGGUAUCUGUUCCAGCACUGUUCUAGUGCAUGGAUGGACCCCAUGUUCUGGUAUUUGUUAUGAAACAGUUCUUGUGCAUGGGCGGGCCUCACGGUCUGGUAUCUGUUAAGACACUGUUUUAGUACAAGAAUGGGUCCCUUGGUCUGGUAUCUGUUAAGGCAUUGGUCUAAUCCAUCCAUGCAUGGGACCCACAGUCCCACAUUCAUUUCACCCAUGGAUUUAGAGCUUCAGAAUCCGUUCUGUUUGCCUGCAUUUGUCAUUCUAAUAAGUGUCAUGUUUCUGGGCGUCACAUGUUUUCUUUGUGGGCUGUAUCUGUAAAGCAUGUGGCCAGUAGAAGGAGAAGGAGAAGGAAAAGAGAAGAAGAAACGUGUAUGGAUAGGCAACAGUUUCACGUUUUUAGCUGGGUUAGUGCUGGAAUGAUGGGGUCACCUUGGUGUCUAACCAGUUGGCUAGUCAGCUUUCGGUGAUGGGCUAGGUAGCUGUCAUUAUUUGCUAACUAAAUUUAGGCAUGAUUAGCUAACAUCUAUAUUCGGAGAGACACAUUGCAUUUCCCCCCCGCUAACUUCAUAUUUUGGUGAAUGUGCGGGGGUUGCCUGAUAGGCCAGAGCCUAGAGAUAUUGUCGGCUUCUUCCCCAAUCUACUGAAGGGGGAACGCGACCUCCCUUCUAGCUACACAUCGGAUGAGUCAGACGAUUUUGCUGCAACAAAUACACGAAGAUGGACUUUGUAAAAUACAAAAAUAAAAAUUGGCAAUGAAUUGCGUUUGUGAGUAUGCCUGCUUAUGUUACCAAAUUUUGCCAUGCUGCCAAGCAGGCUAGCGCAGAUUUAAAUCUGCUGGUGCUGUGCUCGCAGUGACUAGCAUAGCCCUGUUCCAUCUCAUAACUACCCUGCAUAUGACAGCAAAAUGGGAGUUCUUGUGACUGCUUGACUGGUAUGAAUACAGAAAUUGCGGUAUUUUUGAAAGACAUGAUUCCAAUAGUCUGCAAUGUGAGGUUAUGAAGCUACCGACAUAGCAAGGCACAGAAAAAUAUCUAGUUGUUUUGUUGGUGAUUGUGCUUCAUCAUCUUCGGGAUGUCGGAGGGGUUGAGAAUGGAGAAGGUGAUUGAUUGUAAACACAGGAGCAAAGCAAAGAAACAAAUCCUGCAUAGUAUGCCUUUAAACGUGUCCUGUACCUUGAAAUACAGUUAUAGUCCCAAUAUAGGGUUUAAUUCUUGUCAUGGUACUGUAAUCAGUGCGUCGGCUGCUUUUAGUGCUCUUGCUUUGCUCUUAAGGAUUUUGGCUCCUUUCUAAAAGCAAAUUUCAAUUUUACUAGACAUUGUCAGUGUACAUUGCCUAUAGGUAUAUGCUCCAGCUUGCACAUGCACAGAUACACCAACAUGAGCUGUACUGAUGAAAAUGUUUAAUAGCCUCUAAACCAUCUGAUUGGGGAAUAUUUGUGUAUAGGCUGGUGAAAUCCAGCAUGGCUUGGAUGUGUAUUCUUUUUACAGUGAUAUUUGUCAUCUUACCACCUGAAGAGAAUGUGAAAACGUGUUUUUCUUCAGAUUAAAAAAUGCAGGGCCAAAUUACUUAAAAUAAUUUAGGAAAUACUGGGUAGCAUUGCUCUGGAAUACAGCUUCUUUAAUUUGUGUGAGCUAAAAUAGCCAAUAUUAUUUCUUGUAACUUGGCCUAUCCUGAUUUGGAUAUCAAUACAUUUAAUGGCAGGCCUAGAUUUAGCAUGUUUCAAUUAAUUACUUAUAGACAGUGCUUUGUACCUGUGAGUAAUGACAUUUUUCAGAUUUCAAAUACGUUCUGCCAUGUUCCAAAUUUGAUUGUGUAUAAAUGACCUUUAAGUAGCUGUUAAACCUAAUUGAAUGAAUAAUUUACUUGUAAAUUAAAGUUACAGUCUUGAAGA